AUGAAAUUGUUGAUUAACAGUAACACAAUGUGUUUUCGAUGUGUCUCUCGUCUUACCACUACUUAUUCUACAGUUUAUUAUUCAUUACUUGUGGUCUAUUUGAUUUGUGUAAUUCAAUCAAAUGCAAACCAUUGCAGCUCAUCCCGUAUACGUUGGACUCGAGAUAAUAGACGUCAACACAAUUAAUGAUGCUGAAAAUUAUUUUUCACUGCAACUGUAUUUAUUUGAAGUGUGGAAAGACAGUCGGAUUAAUACGAGUCUAUUGGAAGACACAUCCAUUUCCGUUCCCCAAGAAUACACGUCAUGUCUUUGGACGCCUUCAUUAGUAUUCGAUGGCAGCACUCAGAAGGAGACAAUUCUUCAGCCAAACUCUGUCAUCAAAAUUCAGAAAAACAAUAUCUUAAUAAGAAAGUCAAGGCAUUCAUUUAAAGUCAGUUGUCAUAUGAACUUGCAAAAUUAUCCAAUGGACAGGCAUAUAUGUCAUUACAAUAUUCGCACCUGUAGUUUCAGAGCCCAUAGAAAGAACAACUCGAGUCCGAUUGACUUUUUCGAUUCCCACCAAAACAAGAGUGUUAUCUAUAAGAAUGAAUUCACGCCAUCAUUAUUUGACAUAAAGAUUGGCAAUUAUGACAGAAAUAUAAUCAAAUGGUUUAACGAGAACUAUACGGUUUUGGACCUGGAGUUCAUAUUCGAGAGAACCAUAACUGCAAAUGUAUUAACGGUUUACAUUCCCAGCUCUUUGGUGGUCACCCUUUCGUGGAUACAAUUCUGGUUCGAUGUCGAAGCGGUUCCCGGAAGAAUGUCUUUGGGAAUCAUGUCGACCCUCACUAUAAUGACACAAAUCCUGACAAAUUACGAGAAGGCGGCCAAUCAUGUGACAGCUGUAGAUAUCUGGCUCCUGGUCUGUCUUAUUAUGGUAUUCCUGGCACUCAUGGAGUAUGCAUUCGCGUACACUAUAUCUCAUUACUACGACAUCGACGGUAAUCUCAAGGCUAAGAACUCAUUCAAGAAGAAUAUGAGUUUAAUAUUACGUGAAUUUCGCUCAAAUAAACUCAAAUCCAAUUUGAGUCAAAAAGCCGUCGAAGAA